CGUCUUUCCAGCCACUAGCGAAUUGCAAAUGGCGUCUGCCAAGUGUAUCGGAAGUUGAAGCCGUAAGUGAUAGUCUCCUGUUCGUAUCUGUCAUUGAGGAUUAUACUAUUUUCUACAUUGAGAUUGGAUUAGUAAUAAACUUGUGGCAACAUGCCUGCUGUUCGUGGAGAUGGCAUGCGAGGCCUUGCUGUCUUCAUAUCUGACAUUAGAAACUGUAAAAGCAAAGAGGCUGAAAUAAAAAGGAUCAACAAAGAGUUAGCGAAUAUUCGCAGCAAGUUCAAAGGUGACAAAACACUCGAUGGCUAUCAGAAGAAGAAAUAUGUUUGUAAAUUACUGUUCAUAUUUUUGCUGGGCCAUGACAUCGACUUUGGCCACAUGGAAGCUGUCAAUCUACUAUCAUCUAAUAAGUACUCCGAAAAGCAAAUCGGAUACUUGUUUAUUUCUGUGUUGGUUAAUACCAACAGUGAUCUCAUCAAAUUGAUUAUCCAGAGUAUCAAAAAUGAUCUUACUUCCAGGAAUCCAAUACAUGUGAACCUUGCUAUGCAGUGCAUUGCAAAUAUAGGCAGUAAAGAGAUGGCUGAAGCUUUUGGAUAUGAAAUCCCCAAACUUCUAGUAUCAGGAGACACAAUGGAUGUUGUAAAGCAGUCGGCGGCGCUGUGUCUCCUGAGACUGUUCCGCACGUCGCAGGAGAUCAUUCCUGGGGGAGAGUGGACUUCACGCAUUGUACAUCUGCUCAACGAUCAGCAUCUAGGAGUCGUAACGUCCGCCACCUCACUCAUUGAUGCACUGGUUAAACGCAAUCCUGACGAAUACAAGGGCUGCAUCAGUCUCGCAGUGUCUAGGCUCUCCAGGAUUGUGACUGCCAGCUACACAGAUCUCCAAGACUACACAUAUUAUUUUGUUCCUGCACCCUGGCUUUCAGUUAAAUUGCUGAGGCUUCUACAAAAUUAUACUCCUCCUGAUGAUCCUGGAGUGAGGGGACGACUCAACGAAUGUCUAGAAACUAUACUGAACAAAGCCCAGGAGCCACCAAAGUCAAAGAAAGUCCAACAUUCCAAUGCUAAAAAUGCUGUGUUAUUUGAGGCCAUAAGUCUGAUUAUCCACAAUGACAGUGAACCCAAUUUGUUAGUUCGUGCUUGCAACCAGCUCGGUCAGUUCUUAUCAAACAGAGAGACCAACCUAAGAUACCUGGCACUGGAGUCUAUGUGCCUUUUAGCCACCUCUGAAUUCUCUCAUGAUGCUGUAAAGAAACAUCAGGAGGUUGUCAUUCUCUCCAUGAAGAUGGAGAAAGACGUGUCAGUGAGACAACAAGCCGUUGACCUCCUGUAUGCCAUGUGUGAUAAGAGCAAUGCUGAGGAGAUAGUCCAGGAGAUGCUUAACUAUCUUGAGACUGCGGACUAUUCCAUCAGAGAAGAAAUGGUGCUGAAAGUAGCAAUACUAGCUGAGAAGUAUGCCACCGACUACACCUGGUAUGUGGAUGUAAUCCUCAAUCUGAUCCGAAUAGCUGGAGACUACGUGUCAGAAGAAGUCUGGUACAGGGUCAUACAGAUCGUUAUCAAUAGAGAUGAUGUCCAGGGUUAUGCUGCCAAAACUGUUUUUGAGGCUCUCCAAGCUCCUGCUUGUCACGAAAACAUGGUGAAGGUGGGUGGCUACAUCCUGGGAGAGUUUGGCAAUCUGAUAGCUGGAGAUCAGCGGAGUGCUCCCAUAGUACAGUUUCAACUCUUACAUUCCAAGUAUCACCUGUGUUCUCCGAUGACAAGGGCACUGCUGCUCUCCACAUAUGUCAAGUUUGUCAACCUGUUCCCGGAGGUCAAAUCAGUGGUACAAGAUGUGUUCCGACAACACAGUAACCUGCGCAGUGCUGAUGCAGAACUGCAACAGAGGGCAUCAGAAUACCUACAACUCAGCAUCAUAGCUUCCACCGAUGUCUUGGCAACAGUAUUAGAAGAAAUGCCAUCGUUCCCUGAGAGAGAAUCUUCAAUUUUAGCCGUGUUGAAGAAAAAGAAACCAGGACGAGUGCCUGAAAAUGAGAUAAGGCCGGCACACAACUCUCACAACCACCAGCCCGACUCCACCACCUCCUCUCUUGCUGCACCAGUAACCCACGCAAACAAUACCAACUCUGCAGACCUCCUUGGCCUGUCCACCCCUCCUGCACCCUCCAACACUGGAGUGCUGGUCGACGUACUAGGGGACAUCUACUCCUCGGCCACUCCCACUGCCGCGCCCUCCGCCACCCAGAAUAACUAUAACCCCAAGAAAUUUGUUUGUAAAAAUAAUGGUGUACUUUUUGAAAACGACUUGAUACAAAUUGGUGUCAAAUGUGAGUUCCGGCAAAAUUUGGGAAGGUUAGGACUUUUCUACGGAAAUAAGACAAAAUUUCCUCUUCAGAACCUGUCAGCAAACCUGCAGAACCCGGGUGAGUGGGUCAACAAGCUCAACAUCCAAGUGAGGCCUGUGGAACCAGUGCUAGAGGCUGGAGCCCAGAUACAGCAGAUGGUUAAUGCUGAGUGUAUAGAAGACUAUAUAGACUCUCCAAGUAUGGUGGUGACAUUCCUGUACAACAAUGUUCCGCAGAAACUGACCAUGAAGCUACCGCUCACACUCAACAAGUUCUUUGAGCCAACAGAGAUGAAUGGAGAGUCUUUCUUUGCCAGGUGGAAAAACUUGGGAGGAAACCCACAAAAAUCACAAAAGAUAUUCAGGGCUACAGGCCCUAUGGAUCUGACAGCAACUCGGACAAAGGUGCUUGGUUUCGGAAUGCAACUGUUAGAGAACAUCGAUCCCAAUCCUGACAACUUUGUGUGUGCUGGCAUCAUCCACACGAGGACCCAACAGAUCGGCUGCUUACUGCGUCUGGAGCCAAACAAGCAAGCUCAGAUGUACAGGCUAACUGUGAGGUCUAGCAAGGAACCUGUUUCAAUAGAGAUCUGCGAGCUGCUGGCCGACCAGUUCUAAUUACCAUGCGCUCUGCCUUGUGAUCUGAGACUGGACAAGCAUUAUGUUUUGUUACGUUAAUAUACUACCGUAUCUAAUUUAUUCUCUUACAGAGUAUCUAUAUACAUAGGCCUAUUAGUUGUUAACAAAUGUUAAUUUUUUUAUUAUUUUUGUUAUUUAAUUGAUAUUUAUACUGAUGUAAAUCGAUUAGUAUAUUGUUAUCAUAAGAACAUAUCUUAUGGCUCA